CAUGUGGGACACGACGCAAAAAAUUUAUGCCUUGUGUCUGCACUUUCCCUUCUUGACGCAACUUGUUCUCUUGUGUACACUCAAUUUACAACCAUCACCACUAUCCCCCAAAAGCACAAUUCCCUCCCUUCCUUCAACAGCAAGCCAAAGUGAAGAGAGAUUAACCUCCUUUAAGAUCCCUGAUCAACCUUGGUCUUUCCAUGACCAGCAAACCAACAGUUCUCGUCUCAAAGCAACCGCUAUAAGUACCCAUUUCGAGGGUUCUUCCUGCAUUGCUAGAGACCAAAUUUCUACCAUGAAGUACCAUGAAAUCUCCCACUUCAGCCACCCCCAGCACACCCUGACGUUCGAGUACACCGAGUUCCCGUUCAAGUGUGACGGGUGCAAGGAGAUCGGCAUCGGCUCGCACUACAGUUGCCCCACGUGCAACUUCGACCUCCACUCGCACUGUGCCAUCCCGUCUGCAACCGUGUCGCAUCUCUUCUACCCCAAGUGCUCCUUCCAGUUCAUGUCGAGGCCGCCGACGGAGGAUGGGCCCCGCUGCUGCGACGCGUGCAGGAAGGACGUGGCGGGCUUCGUCUACCACUGCCGCACCUGCGGGUUCGACCUCCACCCAUGCUGCGCGAAGCUGCCAAUGGUGCUGGACGAUGGGGAUGUGAAGCUCUACUUGUAUAGGAAGGUGAGUGCGCCUUGCCAUAGGUGUGGGAAGAAAGGGAGGAGCUGGAGCUACAGGUCCAGCUGCAAGAGGUACAAUUUGCAUGUGGCUUGUGUGAGGGAGAUGUUGGUGGAGAGUUGGCAUGAUAUAUAUGUCGGGCUUGGGAAAGGCGGCGGCGGCGGUUCCAGGAGAGGGCUUCCGACUAGAAUCCCCAGCUUGAAGGACACGCUCCAGACACCACAUAACAGGAGCAAGAGCAAGAAGAAGAAGUGUUACGAGAUGGCCGGUUUGGCCCUCCAAUUCGUGAUAUCCGCGGUGUUAGGCGACCCGACAGCCCUUAUUGCCGGUGUUAUCGGCUCGCUUAUGUCUCAAGCAUGACCGGCGACGUGUCAAUCGGGAGUGGAUGGUGAAAUUUGCUCGUAAGGACAUGAUGAAUAAUGCAAUCCAAGACCUGGGUGGUGUUUAGAUGGUGCGUGCAUGCAUGACGAUAUGGUCUUUAUUAGGUUAUUAUAAUCCAAGUGUCCGUACUCCUGCUCUAUUGUGAAUAGACCCUGUUCACCAUGCUUUAGUUUAUCCAUUCAUGUUUUCUCCAAA